ACUUUAUUUACAGAUGGCUAGAUCGUAAUGAUACUUUAUCAGACUAUUAUUUACUUUAUCGUAAUUUUAUUGACCAGUGUUAUGUUAAAUCUUAUCAUCAUGAAGGAUGUGUCCUCUUACUGCACACCUUUUGGACAGGGUAGUGUUUAUUAGAAUAUAAGAACGUGUACAGUGAAACAUGAGUUUUGUGGCAUCUCUGGUAUGGAACUAUAUACCUCUAGUGUUACUGUAUUUUCUGCUGAAGAAAAUUAUUGAAGUAUUUUUGAAGAGAUGGAGAUUGCAAGCUGCAUUUAAGGAUUUUCCUGGACCUAAAGCCGAAUUUUUUAGUGGCAACACUCAUCAGAUCUCUGGUGAUUAUGCUGGGUUGCUGCGUAUGGCAGAUUAUGCACACACAUAUCCUGGAGCAUUUCCGUCAUGGAUGGGACCAGCUGAGGCGCAGUUAAUAUCCGUUCAUCCAGAAACAGCCAAAGUAGUCUUAUCUGGCUCUGAUCCAAAAGAUGAAUUUUCGUAUGCAUUAAUGCGACCAUGGAUAGGAGAUGGCUUGUUAUUAAGCAAAGGUAAAAAAUGGGACCGAAACAGACGGCUGAUGACGCCAGCUUUUCAUGCCGAUAUUUUGAAAAAUUACGUAGAUGUUUUCAGCAGAAGCACCCAAGUACUCGUUGAUAAAUGGCGGAAGUCUACUGGUUCAGAGGAAGUGUUUCACCACAUCAGUCUGCUUACUUUAGACAGUAUGAUGCAGUGUCUGUUUGGUUACCAUAGCAACUGUCAAAAUGAAAAAACUAGGCAUCCAUAUAUUCAAGGAGUGUACGAUGUAUCUGAACUCAUAGUUAAGCGCAUCGUCAACCCUAUCCAUCACUAUGAUUUCAUCUAUUAUAAUUUCACAGAGAAUGGAAAGAAAUUUAAACAAGCAUGUGGUGCCAUUCAUGAACAUUCCGAGAAAAUAAUCAAGAAGAGGAAGCGUUUGCUGAAGAACGAAGCAGAGGGUAGCAGAAACGUUGACUUCUUAGAUAUUCUACUAACUGCAAAGGACAGCGACGGUCAAGGCAUGACUGAUCAGGAAAUCCGUGACGAGGUUGACACAUUUAUGUUCGAGGGUCAUGACUCCACCGCCAGCACUAUAUCCUGGUGCCUGUACAAUCUGGCUAGACACAAGGACUGUCAAGAGAGGUGUAGAUCUGAGAUUCUCAACAUUGUCGGCAAAACCAAAAAAGUUACAUGGGAUGAUUUGACAAAACUGGAGUAUAUGUUUGCUUGCAUUCAGGAAAGUAUGAGAUUGUAUCCAGCGGUACCAAACAUAUCUCGGUGUCUAGAACGAGAUCUCGCACUACCGGAUGGUCGCAUCAUACCAAAAGAUAUGAGAGUUACUGUCUCACUGUUUGCAGUUCAAAGGGACCCAGAGGUGUGGGAUAACCCAAACGAGUUUGACCCUGAGCGUUUUACAGCCGGAAGUAAAAUAUCUUCCAUGUUUCAUCUUCCCUUCUCCAUAGGACCAAGAAAUUGUAUAGGUCAACAUUUUGCUCUUACCCAGGUGAAGGUCGUUAUCUGCGAAUUAUUACGUCAUUUCCAACUUGACCUUGACCCCGAAAGAGAAGCUGAGCCCGAAUGUCUACUGAUACUGAGGAGUAAAAACGGACUAUAUCUCAAAAUAAAACCUAUCUAGGAUUAUUUCUGCAGCAUUUUCUUCCUCAACAUCUAUGUAGUAAAGAAAAUACGAUAUUCUCAUGCAAAAUAUGAACUGAAAAAGAUAUUAUUCACAUUUGUUUUAAAACCAGCCUUAAUUCCGUAAUGAAUGGGUACAAACAACACAAAACUAUGUCCCAAAAAUUGGUGAUCCUAUACUGAUGUGUUGUUGGUUUCCAGUUAAAAUAUUCUUGUUCGUGUCCAUGGAAAUACCGGGCGUAAGGUUAUAAAACGAAGAUCUGGUUACCAGUCUCAAAACUCCAGCAUAUAAUUUCAUACCGGUCCGAGUGGUUCAGGUCGCUGACUUCGAAUCACUUGUCCCUUACCGAUGUGGGCUCAAAACCACGCUUAGGUGUAGGAUUCUUUCAUAUGAAGAACCCAUCAAGCUGUCUUACGGAAGGCCGAUGGCUCCACCCGCCUGAAAUAAUGCACGGAGGGGCACCUUUGGUCUUCAUCCACCAUGAAAAAGCUAGAAAGUAGCCAAAUGAUAUAUAAUUGUGUCGGUGUAAAGUCAAACCCAACAGAAGAAGAAACAAUUUCAUAUGCGAAAUGUAGCUUGGAUUAUCUGCUCCUAUACACAAAGCCUGUGUACGCUGGGAACCAGACUUAUUCGACACGAACCAAAGAAAAUAUGUUCUUUCAGACUAGUCUCAUAGCCUGGUUCCCGGCGUUUACUAAUAAUACCACUGUGUAGUAGUUAAGGGGCAGGUAAUCCAGACUAACUGGUCGCUAAAUCUAAUAUAAGACGUUUUUGAACGUACAAGUCAUGCCCUGUCUGCGCGGACUUAUCCUGUCGAAACAUGUUUUCGUGCCUGUACAAAAUACAGAAAUCAGAAUUUUGAAUUCCAGUCAUGUUUACUUACUAAGGCAAUACAUAUGCGGGAAAAAACUAAAUAUUUCGCAAAUUAUCUGAUUAUGUUAGAUAAAGUUCUUUGGCUACACCAAUUGUAAGGUUUUCAUAUUGACAUUUAUACAAUUUUACUUCAUUUUUUAACCGUUUACAGUUUACUGUUCAUUAAAUCUCUGUAGAACAGACAUAAUUUGACUAUCUCAGUGACAAAUAAAAUAUUAUAUAUAACAAUAACUGUUGACUGUUUAAUUUAUUUCUAGGGGCAAACAAAAACUGUCAAUAGUUCAUUUCUAGUAUAAGAGAUCUAUACGGACAAAUAAAAUGUAACAACAGUGU